UGGUACUCACAAACGAAUGUAAUUUGUUUGACUAUGUUUACUUCUAUGUUUUUAUGAAUUUAUGAAUCUAGUCGAUCAUCUGAUAUUUUUCAACACUACAUUUCUUAAUAAAUAUGAAUAACUUCUAUAUCCAUUGUUUUUACUCUUGAUCAUACAGGAUGCCUAAAUUGUUUUCCAGUGGGCAUAGCAAAGUGGCACUGAUUUUUCUAAGAACUACAUAUUUAAUAAGCAAGAGUAUUAGAAAAGAAUACUUUGACUCUCAAAUCUUAGGAUAUUAUGAGCCUCAAUUUGGAUAAAGUAUACUCAUUAACUUUAUCGUGUCCCCUUCUCCUGCAACAUUAUCUCUAAUAUAUAAUUUCUAUUUGCGUGUAUUUCCUUUUCUGAUUUAUUGAGAAAGGAACGCAAUCAAACACGUCGUCUAGUGAAGAAAAUGUGUUCAGUCGCGUCAGAUUUUGUGAAAACUUCCAAGAAUAUGUCCGUUCUCCGAAGGAGAUGGAAGUUUGAAGUUUAUUUUUAUAGAGAGAAUCCUAUUGGAAAAUGGACCUCGGACAAUGUUGGGCUUUACAUCACUCACCGAAAUGUGGGGUUUACAUAGUCUUAAUUUUUUGUUUAGAAUAGGCAAGAAUAUCAGUAGGCAAAGCUGUAGAAAUAUAGUUGCGCCAGUGUUUUUGCCAGAAGGCUUGCUACCCCAAGUAGACGCCACGGAAGUUUUCACACUUUUUGCUCCACAGGAGCAACGCUGACAAGCUUUUUUAGACUCGUCCAGUGAUGCUAAAAAUAGGUAAAAGCGUCUAAUUAAUAAACCUCGAUAGAUGAUGCUGAACACCUCGAGAGUACUAACAAUAAGAAUUAACGAGUUUUCUCUUGCUUUCGAAUCUCUUGAGUCUCAAAAAAUUGAUGUAACCUGGCGUAGUUGUACAACUACAAAAGAUGCCAGGUUACAUCAGUUUUUUUGAGACGCACAAAGAAAGAAUGAAUUCGCCUAGGGCCGUAGCUUAGCUCAUAAAACUUUCGAUUUCUCAGUUUCGACUCAAUUCUACAAGAUUUACGCGUGUAGAAUAUUGAAACUUUGUUUUUGUGAAAAAUUUCGUCUUUGAUUUUUUCUUUUAAAAACUACAGAAAAACUUUUUUGGCUUAUAUCCGUUUUUUGUAUUUUUCUAUGCGAGAAACGAUAUGGCAGGUGAAAAUUACUUUAACAGGAACGUUUUUUCGGACGUCAUUUUGACAAUCUUGAACGUUUAACUCAAACGCCAUUGUGGAUAAUAAUUACGGGUUCUACCGCAUUUUCAUUCUUUCACGGUCGAUAGGCAAAACCUAGUUUUUUGAAAAACUCGUCUUCUGAAGCACGAUCAACUCAGUGAAGAAAAUAAAUAUUACCACGCUGCUCAGAAGGGACGAUAGCCUAUGUCCAUGUGUUUUUAAGAUUCUCAGACUCAACGGGAGCCAGAGAGCAUCACUUUGGAGAUCCGAUGUAGCUUCUGAAUCAUAGUAAUUAGAGAGAUGGAACUUUCAUAGACUUGUAAGUCACUGUGUAAGCUAUAGAACGACUAAAUUUAGAUUUGAAAUCAACUGAAUUUAAAUGUCUAGCGAGUAACUCUUUGAGCGGUGGACGAGGUACAUCACCUGCAAAUAGUGGUUUGGCUUGAUUUUACUCAUUACUUCAUAGCAAAAAUUUUCUCUUUUACAUGGUAAAAAUCGCAUGUUUUUAUCUGUUUUCUGUAAAAAUUAUUCAAUAAAUGAGAGACUACACCGUAUUUUGAAACCGAUCGUAGUUUCUCGAAUGAAUUUAUCUCGAAAAUUCGAAUUUUUUUCAUUUUAUAAGAGUUCUUAGUUUUCAAUGUUUUCUAGCAAAUCCAUCGCUGUUCAAAAACAAAGAUAUAGCUAUCAACGCGAUUCUUUUGUCAUUUGAAUCAGCUUUCUUUCAGCUUCGAUAUCACGUAGUCUAAAAUUUUAAUCAAAUUACCUUCAAGAGAUUCUUAAAAUGUUUUUAAACUCGAGUUUUUGCUACUUUACUACUAGGAUUAAAAGAAAAAUGAAAAAAAAGCUUAUGAGACAGAAAAAAAUGUCCAGAGUAAGAUUUGAAAAAACACUAAUGUGGCUAAUAGCCACUGAUCGGAGAAACAGAACAAUUUUUUUUUUAAACCGUAAAUUUUUAUUCAAACACAACAAAUCAAGGUAUCACCCCAUUACAUGCUGUCAAAAAGUGAAGUAAAAAGUAAAAGUAUACUAAACAAUAAUCAAAAAAGUAUAUUACUCAACAACAACAAUAGCAAAAGAAGAGAGUUAAUGCUGAACGAUGAAGUUUAGCAGGGAACAGAGAGAAAGUUUAAUUUCUAGUUGGUUAGUUUUUAGUAGUUUAAUUUAAUAGUUUUUCAAUGUUUAAUUUUAGAUUACAUAUAAGCAAUAGUGAGAGAGAUUAUAAAGAUCGAAGAAAGUGAUUUGUAUCGCGAACCAAAUGGUAUCUAAAUAUCUGCUGGUUAAACAUAAGCUAUCAACUACAGUGUUAGUGAAAUUGUGUUGUUUCAUCUAUGAAAUUUAAGACAUUUUCAAAUAAUUCCUGUAUUUUAUUGAUUUCAAGAUGCAAAACUGAAUCAUGUCUCAACAAAAUGUGUUUCAAUGUAAGAGAAUUUGUAUGAAGCAUCUCCUGAAAAGUGUCUUCCAUACUCUUGCGCUCCUUCAAAUAUUUAGUACAAUCUAGUAGAAAAUGCUUUGGAGUUUCUUUUGGAUCACCGUAUGCACAAUGAGGGGAUGGCUUUAAACUACUCUUGUAAAGAUCAUCAUUUAGUUGACUAAAUCCGACUCUGAGCAUUAUAAAAUGGAUCUCAGACAUUCUUCGAAGUGUCGGUUUCAAUUUAAAUUGUAACGAGUACGGUGCGGUGCUAUAAGUCGUUUUUUAAAAUUAUAAAAGUUUUUUUAUCUCUCUAAACUCAUUCGGUAGUAAUUUGUAUAAUCACAUUGACAUCGAUACUAUGAGGGACACAUUCAUACUUAUUGCUUUAAAAAUAUCAAUUGUCAAAAUAAGAAUAAUGUUGUUCGAAAGCAUUAUUUCUUACAUAUACUCUUUUAUGUUCAAACAUCGUACAAAAAAAGUUUUGUUCCUAUUUCUUCACAUUAUCAAAUAUUAUGAAUUACUGUUAUUUAACUUUAAUCAAGCUUUCAAUGAAACUUUCAGUUUGGUUUUGUCAAUAUUAUAUAAAUUUAAGAAUUUUCACACGAAUAUUUUUAAAAUGACUUUUCCCUUAAAAUUCUUACAUUUGAAUAUUCUUCAUGCUUUGCAUUUUAUAUUUUCUGUGUAAAGAAUCAACUAUCAAUAAUAUGUACAACAUUGUGGUCAACUCUGUCCGAAGAUUGAUCCUCAAAAAUUUUUUAUUCUUAUUGAUGAUUAACAUAAGCUCGAUGAAAAUAUCACGAAUACAUUCAUAUAUAAUGUCAAAAUUUAUAAUAUAAACAUACUUGAACAUAUUGUUAAACUCUUUCUAUCUAUCUCAUUUUUGUCAUUUGUACGAAUAUCACCAAUUCAGUUAUGUAUUAUCAACUGUAUAUUACCGUCUUCCUGUUUGUCUUUAUUAGUAAUAGUGAGUACAUUUGAUCUUAUUUAUCAAGAGAGAAAUUUAAAGAUAUUUAAAAAAACUUGAAUAUUUUAGCAAAUGGUUGGGUUAGAGUAAAAAAUAAAGGUGGUUAUGUAGCAAGAUUUUUCGUUGAUUUUCAUACUGUAACAAAUAAUAUUCACAAUAAUCAACCGUUACGAACAAAUUUAUUUUUACAAACAUUUUCAUCUGGCGAUUAUCCUAUUCGACGUUCAAGACUUAUAGAAUUACCACCGGAUGCAAUGGAUGCACGCGUUCGUGUUGAACGAUUUAUAUUUAUACCAUUUGGUGGAUGGUUUUGGAAAGAAAUAUUUCGGCAUGAAUUUGAUUCAGAACAACCAAUCUGUUUUGAUAUAUGGGGCACUACUGUUAGACCUCGUUGGACGACGGUUAAUUGUUGA